ACCUCCCCUUUAAGAGACUGUCCCUUUAACAAACUUAACCUGGACACACCUGAACUUAAAACUACGGGAGUUUCAAUAUAGUAGAGGAAAACCAAUACCGAAAGAACUACAUCCUGUCCUGAAAUAUGGGGACAGUGGCCAUGGGCCCUCCUGGGCCAGCAGCGGUGCCCCAAACGCCUCAGUGGGUAGCAGAUGUGGACAAGGUAACAAAGGAUGUGAACAGCACUGAGGAGGAAGAGGAAGAAGAGGAAAUGAUCAAAUCGGCAAAUAUGGAACCCAGUACCCUACAGUGGCCUGAGAAUAAACCCGAACCACAGAUUCUGCCAGUCAAGGAUAGAGAGAGCACAAGCAUUAAAUCAGAUUGCAUCUCACUCCGGGGUGGAGUGAGCCGGACGGAGAGCGAGAGGGAGGAAUUUGGGCUGAGAGAGAAGGAGAAGACAGGUGAGGGAUGGAGGAGGAUGGAAGCAGGGAAAGAAAGUGUUUCUGACACUGAGCUGAGAAACAGAGUGAAAAGCACCUGCUCGGAGAUAGAGGUGGAGGAGGUGAACAUCAUGCCAGAGAACGCAGCCCGAGUCUUCAGCCCCAGCAUCACCAUCCUGCGCUCCACCAGCCAGCAGGAGCCUGCAGACCACUGGAGAGAUGAAGAAGAAGAGAGGAGCCCCUUCCUGGGGACACAUGGAACACCACUAGAAGAGUAUUACAAUGACUGGCCCAUCACUCCCAAAUCACGUUGCUGUGGCUUUGGUGGAUCUAAUCGUGAUGCUCUUAAACUGGGUGCAUCCAUGUUCACCUCUGCCCUGAUCUUCCCCUUGUUGGUGUGGGGCGGCUACGUCUUCCUGCCCUUUGAUGCCCCUCUGCUCGACAGCGCCCCCCUACGGCUGGUCUACACACUGCGCUGCUCUGUUUUUGCAGUCAUACCUAUUGUCCUUGGUAUGUUGGUACUAGGUGUCUCCCGUCUGUGGUAUCGAUCCUUGAAGCCACGGUUUGAGGGGGAGAGGGAAGUUAAGCAGGUGGCAGUUCACCAGCGCUAUGUGGAGGACUCUGUCUCCCUCUUUCUGCUUUACUUCCUCCAACUGGCUGUCAUGGCUGCCUACCUGAAUCAGGAUUUGCUUAAACUAGUUCCUCUUCUCACCAUCGUUUUUGCCUUUGGCAGAUUACUGUACUGGGUCGCAGCAGCUUGUGACAGCAGUUUGAGAGGUGUUGGCUUUGGGUUCUCAUUUCUGCCAAUGCUGGUUAUGCUGGUGGCCAACCUCUAUUUCAUCUUCCUCUCUGAAUCUGCAGGCUCCAUCUUUGCCCCAGACAUCCCAGAACCCCCUGUUCCUCCAACCAAACAGCGGUUCUGGGGCUAGACAUGCCACAUCUGACACCUCUGCUACUGCCAAAUGUAGACCAGAUCUCUUUAGGCUUAGAGCCAUCUUAAAUUAGACUAUAAGAAAUUUGUGUCUGAGAAUGUUUAAUCCAACUGUGAUUUCAUUUUCCUCUCGAAGGGAAAUUCCUGUUGAAAUUGCCAGAAAUCCAGUCAAAGGAAAGAGAGGAGGGUAGAACAAAAUUUUUUUCUUUUGAACUAACUUAUAAAUAGAAGUUGUGUAGUGAAACUUGAGACACUAAACUACAAAUUAAAAUGAGCUAGCUACCCUUUAUUGCAGCCAAACACGAGCACAAAGCAGAUGGAGAACUCAUCAUCACUCAAAAGAGCUCCAAAUAGACUGGUUUCAACUCAUCUAUUUUAAGAUAAGAAUGUCAACAAGAAGAAAACAAAAUUCCAAAUAUUUAUUCCACAAGUAUGUUUUUGUUUUUUUCAUGCAUUGUUUGCUUAUUCAAGACUAUACUGUGUGUGGUGUGUGAAGUUAGAGGCCUGCCCAAACUUGUAAUCUUCCACAACCACUCCCUUUGGUAAUUUAAGGGCAAUAUGAUGUUUACUCUGUGUAAAGUGUAGACAUAUUUUUAACAAAUUUGUAAAAAGGUAAAGGUAUAAGAUAUCUUAUUAGAAGAUCUUGUAAAUGAAAUAGGCUACUAAACAAAGCUGCAAAGAGAUAUAAGAAAACUAUGUAGCCUAGUGCAAAUGAAUGUAUUAAGCUGAAAUUAUUAUAUUUUCAUAAAAAAUUUUAACAAAAACAA